AUGUUUGUUUCCUUAACGCUUACGCAAUCUCUUCAGCGCGCUGGCAUCAGGGCUGGUGCAAGGCAAGCACAAGCUUACCCGAGCCAGGGAUUCGAGCAGGCUGUACCCGCUCGAGUUCGGUACGGAAGACAAGCAGCCCUGCUGACUGUUAAACGCUCCCACGGUGCCGCUGCUCGACGUUCGCUCUUCACGCUGCGGAGUGCUGGAGUCACGGAGGGUUCUAUGGCGCCGGACUUUACGCUGCUUGAUCAGAAUGGAGAAGCAGUGACCCUGUCCAAGCUGCGUGGUAAACCCGUGGUACUGGCCUUCUAUCCGGCAGCGUCGAGUCCCGGUUGCACGAAAGAGCUUUGCGCCUUUCGAGAUGAUCUCGCCGCUUUCGAGUCCGUAGACGCUGUGGUGCUGGGCAUCAGCUCGAACACUGUAGAGGAGCAGAAGCGCUUCUCCGAGGCACAGGGAUAUCGCUUUCGUCUGCUUGCAGAUGUUGGCGGCAAGGUGCGCAAGCUCUACGGCGUUCCGAAUACGUUAGGUGUUUUACCAGGGAGAGUAACCUACGUCAUUGACAAGGAGGGUAAGGUUGUGAAGGUGCACAACAGUCAGAUGGACUUUCUCUCCCAUGUGGAGGAAGCGAAACGCGCGCUUGCCAUCAUGCGUUCGUAG